UGUGGGGAGGAGAGCCAGCGAUGACGCGCGGCCCUCACGUGACCCGGAGCUGCAGAGCGACGCAGCCCAGGGUGCAGUCGUCACUCUCGUCUGGCUACCAGCUCCCCGCUGCCCGGCGCAUGGCGGGCUAGCAUCAGGCCCGGGGAAAGCCGAGCAGUUCGGUGUGGCACUGUUUGUGGUGAGGCGAGGGAAGGAGAGAAGAAAACUGCACAGGAUCUAUGGAGGUCUUCUCAUAGGCUUGCAGUAGGCCUAUUUACCACUGGAAACAAGAGAAAGAUAAAGAGACUGGCCCAUAACUAUGGAGAUCUAUCUGCUCCUCUGCUACAGGGCUUGAGAUAACUGGAAACAAAGAAACAAGAAGAAAAUUGUCUCCAAUCAGUAUAGACUGGUAAGAAGGUCCAAAGAUCUCAUGAAUUUAUGUAUCUACUUUAGGGAGUAUCACCAAGAAAGACAAGAAAAGAGGAGGGGAAUUCUUUGGAUCAGUACAGGUCUACCACCAGUGGCAACUGUAGUAGCUGAAGACCAGCACCUUCACAGGCCUACAUCCAGACCUAUCACGUUCUUUCCUCAGCCCGAGUGAGCCCCCCUGUACCUUGUUCGUGCCUUCAGCAGGGGUUAUUACAUGGGCCGCAUUCAGGAAGUGGGCUGGGCAACUGCAGGACUGGUGAUCUGGGCUGGCACCUGCUACUACAUUUACAGAUUAACCAAGGGAAGAGCUCAGAAUGAGAGGAGACUUGCCAGAAAUGGGUCCAAAGUCAAGAUGGAGACUGUGGUUGGGGUACAGAACCAGACCUUGGCCACGAGUGAAGCCUUGGCUGGGGCAGAGACUGAGACUAGACCCAAGGCCAUGACUGGAGCAGAAACUGGAGCAGGAGGUGGGCUUGGGGCUGAAGCAGAGGCCCAGGUCACUGCUAUAUCCAGACCCAAAGCCAACUCUCAGUCCAAGGCAAUGGCUGAGGCAGAGACAGAGACUGAAUUUGAGGCCAAAUCAGUGGUUGGAACACUGAUCAUGACAGAGGUAGUGACUCUGACUGAGGCCAAUGCCAAAGCUAGGGAAGUGGCCAUGAAAGAGGCAGUGACCCAAACUGAUGCUGAGGCUGGGGGACUAGUGAAGAAAGAGGCAGUGACCCAGACCAAGGCUAAAGCUUGGGCAGCGGUUGCCAGGUCAGAGGCCAAGAAAGAAACAAUGACCCAGACCAAAGCUGAAGCUCGUACAUUGGCUGAAAAAGAGACAGAGAUUAACAAAGUAAUGGUGACACAGAGUGAGGUCUUGGCAGUGACCAAGGAAGUGGUCAAGAUUGGGACCAUGAACAAGGCUGGAAUUGUGGCUGAAACCAAGACAAGAACCCUGGAAGAGACUGUGAGUGUGGUUAAAACUCAUUCUGAAGCUAGGUCUGAUCCCACAGUUGAUGCUAAGGAAAAUCUCAAUGGCACAUCCAGGGCAGAGGCUGGAGUGGACAUGAAGUUCUGUGCACAGUCUCAGGCUGUGGCCAAGGUCCAAGAUGAUGACAUGCCUGGUGUUGGGGAUAAGGACAAGGGUAAUCUUAAAAUCCUGUGUAAGGCAGGCUCUUGGGUAGACACAAAGGCUUCUUUCCAGCCCCAAAUUGCUCCCCAGACACAGGCUGAAGCCAUUCCUGGGGCAAAGGUUAUUGACAGGGGUGAUGACAAUGCCAUGUGUAAAACAGAGAUAGAGGCAGAUAUGAAAGCUUGUAUAAUACAGUCUCAGACUAUGGCCAAAAAACAGGCUGAAGCAACAUCUGGUGCCAGGGUUGAUGGCAGGGGAAAUUCCAAUGUCAUAUCUAAGGCAAUGACUGGAGCUGACAUGAGGGCUACUGCUCAGGUACAAGCUGUAUCCAGUGCUCAGGUUGAGGCCAUACCUGAUGCCAAGGUUAAAGGUAGAGCCAAUCCCAACGCCAUGGCUAAAGCAGUGGCCAGAACAAACACGAGGACCUAUUCACAGGUUGAAGCCUUGACUGAUACCAGGGAUAAGACCAGAAGCAAUCCCAAUGUCAUGGCUAAGGCGGGGGCUGGGAUGGACAUGUUGUCCUGUACCCAGAUUCAGCCUGUGGCCAAUGUCCAGGGUGAUGUCUUGCCUGAUGGAAGAAUCAAGGCUAAGGGCAAUGCCAAUACCAUGUCUAAGGAAGGAGCUGAGGCUACGGCCCAGAGCCAGGGUGAAACCUUACCUAUUAUUAGAGGUAAGACAAGGGGCAAAGCCAAAGCCAAAUGUAAAGCAGGGGUUGGGACAGACAUGAAAACCUGUGUACAGCCUCAGGCUGGGAUCAAGACCCAAGCUGAGGCCUUGCCUGAUUCCAGGGUUGAUGGUAGUAGUGAUUCUAAUGCCAUUUCCAGAGCAGGGUCUAAGGCAGACCAGAGGACCUGUGGUCAGCCCCAAGCUGUGGCAAAUUUCCAAGGUGAGACCCUACCUGGUGCCAAGAAUAGGGUCAAAGGCAACUCCAACACUGUGCCUAAGGCAGGGACUGUGGAAGGUACAAUGGGCUCUUCCCAGUCCCAGGCUGUGACCACUUCCGAGAAUGAGGCCUUGCCUGGUAUCAGGAAUAAGGUCAAGGGCAAUACCAAUGCUGUGCCUAAGGUAGAGGCUGGGGCAGGUGCAACAGGGUCUGCUCAGCCCCAGGUUGUGGCCAAUUCCCAGGGUGAGACCUUGCCUAGUACCAGGAAUAAGGUCAGGGGCAAUCGCAAUGCUGUGCCUAAGGUAGGGGUCAGGCAAGAUACAGUGUGCUCUGCCCAGCCCCAAAAUGUAGCCAGUUCCCAGAAUGAGGCCUUGCCUGGUGCCAAGAAUAAGGUUAAGGGUAAUUCCAAUGCUGUGCCUAAGGCAGAGGCUGGGGUGGGUUCUGCCUAUCCUCAGGCUGUGGCCAAUUCACAGGGUGAAUGCUUGACUGGUACCAGGACUAAGGUCAAGGGCAAUCCCACUGCUAUGUCUAAGCCAGAGGCUGGGGCAGGUACAGUGGGCUCUGCCCAUCCCAAGGCUGUGGCCAGUUCCCAGGGUGAGGCCUUAUCUGGUGCCAAGAAUAAGAUCAGGGGCAAUUCCAAUGUUGUGCCUAAGACAGAGGCUGGGGCAAAUUCAAGAGACUCUGCCCAGUCCCAGGCUGUGGCCAGUUCCCAGAGUGAGAACCUGCUUGGUGCCAGGAAUAAGGUCAGGGGCAAUCCCAAUGCUAUUCCUAAGGCAGAGACUGGGGCAGAUACAACAGGGUCUGCCCAGCCCCAGGCUGUGUCUAAUUCCCAGGGUGAGAAUUUGCUUGGUGCCAGGAAUAAGGUCAGGGGCCAUUCUAGUGCUGUGCCUAAGACAGCGACUGGGGCAGGUACAAUGGUGUCUUCCCAGCCCCAGGCUAUGGCCAGCUCCCAAAACGAGUCCUUGCUUGGUGCCAGGAAUAAGGUCAGGGGCAAUUCCAAUACUGUGACUAAAGCAGGGGCCAGGACAAGUAUAAAGAGCUCUGCUCAGCCCCAAACUGUGGCCAGUUCCCAAGAUGAGGCCUUGCUUGGUGUAAGGGAAAAAGCUGUGUCCAAUUCUGAAGCAGAAACCAUAGCAAAAGAUGAAGUAUAUGCAAAGCCUGAGUCUGAGGCUGUGCCCACAUCUGAGAGUGAAGGUGGGAUAGACUCUCAGGCUUGCAGAAGGACUCAGCCUAAUAUUCAUGACUACUACUGGAAUGGAAUUGGUGUAGAGGAUUGGAUUGCUGCUGAGCGGUGGAUCAAAUUUAGGUUUCAGGCCAUGGAUGGAGACUGGGAAAAUAGUGUGUCCUGGGCUGAUGAUGAGAAUGAAGCCAGUAUUGGGUCCUGGAGUGGGGCUAGUGAUAAGGCUGGUGUUGUCAGUUCCUGGGCUGUGGCCUGUGAUGAGACCAGCAUUAAGUCCUGGGCUGGGGCUGGAGCUAGGGCUGAGAAUGAGGUUGCUGUUGCAUCUUGGGUAGGAGCUGGGGAUCAGGCCAGUGGAGGAGUCUGGGCUGGGGCUCAGGCUAGUGAGGGGUCCUGGGCUGUGGACAAGGCCAGUGGUGGUUCCUGGGUAGAGGCUCAGAACAAGGCCUUUGGAGGGUCCUGGACUGGGGCUGAGAACCAGACUAGUGGGGGGUCUUGGGUUGUCUCUGGGAAUCAGGCCAUUGGAGGGCCCUGGGUUGUUGGUCAGGUCAGUGAGGGGUCUUGGCCUGCAGGCCAGGCCACUGGUGUUUCCUGGGUUGUGGACCAGGCUACUGGAGGGUCCUGGACUGUGGCUGAGAAUCAGGCUAGUGCGGUGUCUUGGGCUGGAGCUGGAAACAUAGUUAGUAUUGGUUACUGGACUGGGGCCAUGGACCAGGCCACUGGAGGGUCCUGGGCUGGGACUGGUGAUCAGUCCAGUGGUGAGUCCAAGCCUAGAUUUGAAGAUCAGGCCAGUGAAAAAGGGUCCUGGACUGGGGCUGUUGUCCAGGCCAGUGGAGAGUCCAGGUUGGGACCUGAGGACCAGUCCAGUGGAAGGUCUUGGGCUGAUACUGCAGAUCAAGCCAGUGGAGGGUCCAGGCUUGGGCCUGUAGACCCAAGUGGUACAUCCUGGGUUGGCACUGGGGACCAGGCUGGUGGAGGAUCUACACCAGGGCCUGCAGAUCAGUCCAGUGGUGGGUCUUGGGCUGGCACUAGGAACCUGGCCAUUGGAGGGUCCUGGACUGGAACUAGUGAUCAGUCUGGUGGUGGAUCUAAGCCUAGUUUUGAGAAUCAGGCCAGUGAUGAAGGUUCUUGGGCUGGGGCUAUUGCCCAGGCUGGUGGAGGGUCCAAGUCAGGGCCUGAGGAUCAGUCCAGUGGAAGAUCCUGGGCAGAUUCAGGGAAUCAAAUCAGUGGAGGGUUCUUGGUUGGGUCUGUGGACCAGACCAGUGGAGAGUCCCAGGUUGGGGUUAGGGACCUGGCUGCUGGUGGGGCAAAUGCUGUAUUUGAGGACCAGACCAAUGCAGCAAGAUGCUGGGCUAAUUCUGGGGACCAGCCUGGUGGAGGAUCUAGCCUGGGGUCUGGAGGUCAGUCCAGUGGAAAUUCCUGGGUUGGUACUGGGGACCAGACCAGUGGAUGGUUCUGUGCUUACACUGGGAGUCAGACCAAUGUAACAGGGUCUUGGGUUGUGGCUGGUGGUCAAGAUGUUGGAGUAUCCAGACCAGGGCCCAUGAACCAGUCUAGUGUUGUGUCCUGGGCUAGCACUGGGAGUCAGGUCAGUGGAAUGUCCUGGGCUAUGGCUGGGGAUCAGGCUGGUAGUUGUUCCAAACCUGGAUUUGAGAAUCAGGCCAUUGGAGGAGGAUUCUGGGCUGGUGCUGGAGAUCAGACUGGUGGAGGAUCCAGACCAGGGUCUCAGGAUCAGUCUAAUGGAGGAGGUUCCUGGGUUGGAGCUGGUGGCCAUGUAAUUGGAGGGUCUAUAUCAGGUACCACAGACCAGUCCAGUGGUGGAUCCUGGGCUGCCACCGUGAGUCAGGUCAGUGGAGGGUCCUGGAUUGGGCCUGGGGAUCAGACUGUUGUCUGCUCUAAAUCUGGAUUUGAGGAUCAGGCUAGUGGAGGAGCUUCUUGGGCUGGUGCUGGGGAUCAGACCAGUGGAGAAUCCUGGGCUGUGUCUAAGCCUGGGAAUGAGGCUAGUGGAGGCUCUAGGCUGGGCUCUGAGGACCAAGCCAGUGGAGGGUCUUGGGCUAAGUCUGAGGACCAGGCCAGUGGAAGAUUCUUGGUUAGUGCUGAGGUAGAGGCCAAUGAAGGAUUCUGGUUUGGGCCUGGGAGUGAGGCCUUUAUAGGUUCUUGGUGUUGGACAGGGGAAGAGGCUGUUAUUGUGGCCAGGUCUGAUUGUAAGCAUGAGUCAAGUAUUGAAUCCACAUCAAGAACUGGGGAAGAGAUUAUCAAUAAUUCUGAGUUGGUGGAUGAGAACAAGGCCAGUAUUGGGUCCUGGAUCAAAUCUGAGGAGGCAGCUUAUGUAGAUUCCUGUGUAGGAGCUGAGGCUGGUGCUGAGGCCAGAACUGAGGUUGGAGCUGAGGCCAGAUCAGAGGCUGGGGCUGAAACCAGGGCUGAAGCUGGAGCUGAGGCUGGGACUGAGGCCAGGACUGAGGCCACAGCUGAGGCUGGGGCUGAGGCCAGGGCUGAGGCUGAGGCUGAGGCCAGGGCUGAGGCUGGGGCUGAGGCCAGGGCUGAUGCCGGAACUGAGGCUGGGGCUGAAGCCAGAACUGAGGCUGUGGCUGAAACCUGGGCUGAGACCAGGACUAAGGCUGAGGCUGAGACCAGGGCUGAGGCUGGGGCUGAGGCUGGGGCUGAGGCCAGUGCUGAGGCCAGAACUGAGACCGGGGCUGAGACCUGGGCUGUGGCUGGAACUGAGACUGGAGCUGAGGCCUGGGCUGUGGCUGGAUCUGAGACCAGAGCUGAGGCCGGAACUGAGGCUGGAUCUGAGACCAGGGCUGAGACCUGGGCAGAGGCUGGAUUUGAGACGGGAGCCGAGACUCAGACUGAGGCUGGGGCUGAGAUUGGCGCUGAGACUGGGGCUGAGGCUGGGGUUGAGGCCAUGGCUGAGACUGGAGCUGAGGCUGGGGCUGAGGCCUGGACUGAGGCCGGGGUUGGAGCUGAGGCUGGGGCUGAGGCCUGGGCUGAGGCCAGGGUUGGGGCUUGGGUUGAGGUUGGGGCUGGGGUUGAUGUUGGGGCUGAGGCCUGGGCUGAGCCUGGAGCUGAGGUUGGAGCCGAGGCUUGGGCUGAGUCUGGAGCUGAGGCCGGGGCAGUGGCUGGAGCUGAGGCUGGGGCAGUUGCUGGGGCUGAGGGUGGGGCAGUGGCUGGAGCUGAGGCUGGGGCUGAAGCCAGAUUGGGGUCUUGGCCCUGGGAUGAAGAUGCAACAACCAAAGGGUCUAGGUUUGGGGCUGAGGAAGAAGCUGGCAUACCAUCUUGGACUUGGUCUAGGGAUGUAGAUGAGGAUGAGCUAAGUAGGGCAUCCAGCCCUGAUAUUGAGGAGAUUAGUUUAAGGUCCCUGUUUUGGGCUGAGAGUGAGAACAGUAGUGAGUUCACAUCCAAGAGUGGAAAAGAUGUUAAUUUUGAGUCUGGAGCUGGGGAUAAGGCCAGCAUUGACAAUAAAUUUGAGGCUGCUGAUGGAUUUGAUCUAAGGACUUGGUUCUGUACUGGUAAUGAAAACAGAAAUGAAGACAAAUCUGCACCUAAUGCUAAAGGCAAAAAGUCCGCUGAGUCAAGAGGUAUAUAUCCAUCCAUGGUCCCUGGGGCGGGAAUGGGGCCAUGGGAUGGAGCCAUGAUCUGGUCGGAAACUAAGUUUACUCAACAAAAUGAGGGCUUUCUAGGUGAAGAUGAGUAUAGAAAGAACGGCAAGUCUGGGGAGAAAAUGCGGCCCUGGUCCUGCCGCUGUAAACGUGAAGCUAAUAUGGAUCCACGAGAUCUUGAAAAACUCAUUUGCAUGAUUGAGAUGACUGAAGAUCCUUCUGUUCAUGAAAUAGCCACUAAUGCCCUAUAUAACAGUGCUGAUUAUCCUUAUUCCCAUGAAAUUGUUCGUAAUGUUGGGGGAAUCUCAGUUAUUGAAGGCUUGCUGAGUAAUCCCUACCCUAGUGUUAGGCAGAAGGCUUUAAAUGCACUGAAUAAUAUCUCAGUGGCUGCUGAAAACCAUAGAAAGGUUAAAACAUACUUAAACCAAGUUUGUGAAGAUACUGUCACCUAUCCCUUGAACUCAAAUGUGCAGUUGGCUGGACUAAGAUUGAUAAGGCACCUGACUAUUACUAGUGAAUAUCAGCAUAUGGUUACAAAUUAUAUUUCAGAAUUUCUUCGUUUGUUAACUGUGGGAAGUGGAGAAACUAAAGAUCAUGUUUUGGGAAUGCUUGUGAAUUUCUCUAAAAAUCCAUCUAUGACAAAAGACUUGCUCAUUGCCAAUGCACCAACAACACUGAUUAAUAUUUUUAGCAAGAAAGAGACAAAAGAGAAUAUUCUUAAUGCUCUUUCACUAUUUGAGAAUAUAAAUUACCAUUUUAAAAGAAGAUCAAAAACAUUUACCCAGGACAAAUUCAGUAAAAAUUCUCUUUAUUUCCUAUUCCAACGACCUAAAGCCUGUGCCAAAAAACUUCGAGCCUUAGCAGCAGAAUGCAGUGACCCAGAGGUGAAGGAAAAAGUUGAGCUGUUAAUAAGCAAACUCUAAUUGGAUAUAUGUUCCUACACACAUUUGGGUAAUAUUUUGGUCUUGUAGCCUGGAAGUGAUGCACAUUGUAAAUUGUGUUAUAACUUCAAAACUGAUGUUACCUAUGAUGGUCUAUAGAUGGGCCAUUUUAUGAGCACCAAAUGAAUCCAAACUUGUACUGAAAAUACAUGUGUUGAUUUUUAUCUUGUCUGGAUUGAGAUAUUUUUAGUAUGCUUCAUGAGCAGAAACUGAGCUGAUUCUUCAUAAGUAAGGUAAUCUUUGGUCCUUUGUGUGGACUUAUGUUUAUACAUUUGAGACUUUAUUUUUAUGUCAUCAAUAAAGUUGUGUGUUUUAAGCAGCAGAAAAAAGACAUUGUCAUUUUCCUUGAGUUUAUGAUCUGUUUGAAGAGACAAGGUAUAUGGAAACAAAAAUAUAUUAACAAAACCAGACCAUCCAGUCACAACCAGAUGCAUCCCCAUCAGUGCUUAGAGGCAGCAGAAACUGCUGAAUCCACCAGUGCUCAGAGAAGGUUUUACAGAGGAGAGGGACACUAGGACACUCGAAGUAAGCUGGGCUUGAAGGAUAAGAUAGAAAAGCCAGAAGGGCAUUCAAGGAGCGAAGAGGGUGGAAGAAAGGCAAGGAGCAGGCUGACCUUCCUGGAGUACAAUAUGUGGGGAGGCAAGUGAGGGGAGGGUCUGAGAGUUGGGGUGAGUCCUGUCCACGGAACACCCCUGAUUGCUACACUGGGGUGUCCAAAUAGUAGCCCAUUUGACCUCCAAAUACUAGCCUAUCUAACCCUGGGAGACAACAAAGCCUUUCAUGUCCAGAGGAAUGACAGGAUGCCAGGAAAACCACAUGGUGAUUUGUGUGCAGGUUGGGUGCCAAUUGGGGUGGGGCCAGAAUGGUGACUGGAGAUUGGAAAACCAGUUAGGAAGUUACCACCAUAGUCCAAGCAUGAGAGGGUAAAGGCAAGACAUUUCAGUGGUGUCUCUGGGAAUGGUAAGGACAGGAUGGAAGCAAGAGACCCUCUGAGCCACUAGGUGCUGGGUAACAGAGAUUUCUGAGGCCAAUUUUCUUUUAUGGUUCUUUGGGCAUUUGUUGGGAACAUGUUCUUUUUCUUGGCCAACUGUAGUGUAUAUGUAAGUGGAUAAAAGAGUUGCUGCCUUGAAAUAAUAAUAAAAUGCAGUCAAAGAAAGAAUGCUUUUUAGUGCUUGCAUCAGAUUUCUUUUAUUAGUUGGUUGGGGUGGGGACUUUAAGGAACUAUAGAGAGUGUUGUUGGGAUCCACAGAGGAAAAGACCCACUUCUCUCCCACCCCAUGGUGUAGGUUGAGGAGAACUCUCAAACUGCUGCUGGGAGCACACAAGGUGCUAGGUCCAUAGAGAUAUGUGUUCAAGAUGUGCCUGCCCUUCAACUGAAUAAUUCCGCUUGUGAAAUGUUAUCCUUAGGAUCCCAUCCAUCAAUUGGCUUGGAUGAAGCUGUGCAUUGUUCAAACUGUUUUGAAGGGUGAAAAAGUGAAUUGACCCAAGUGUCUCAACAUAGACAUUUGGCUAAACAAACUAAGGUGUACCUACACACUGAAAUAUUCUGUAGCUGUUGAAAAUGUCAAUAGGCGUCUGCAUUUAAUUACAUAAAAAUUCAGCAUAUAAUUUUAAGUGCAAAAAGCAAUCUGUAAAGGCACAUAUGAUACCUUUUAUGAAAAAAAGGCAUGUAUUUAAGUGAUUUAUAUGUAAUUACCAGUGCAUAUUCUGAGAAUGUUAAUAGUUCUCUAUGGGUGUUAAAAUAAUGGGUGAUUCUAUGUUUGUUUUUUUUUUUUGUCUUAGUAUUAUAGAUUUUAUGAUAACUAUAUAAUAAAUGGGAAUUUCUCUCAUGGUUUAUCUGAAAGGAAAAAGAUAGAUUUGGGAUACAGAAGUCUGUCAAUAAUAUUUGAGAUGCCUAGAGCAAAAGUAUGAGUGGAGGGU